AUGUCCUAUAGAAAUGACGAAGACACCAUUAAAGAUGAAGCACCAUUAAAGAUAAAGGCUGUCCAUAUAAAGCCACUGAAGAAGAGCGAAAUGGCAUACGCAUCUGCAUUUAGACCAGCAGUUCUUUUAUUCUUUUUCAUCAGGCAACCGGUUGCAGCAACUGCAUUAGUUGGAGGAUGGGCCUUUUGGGAGAUAGACAGAAACUUUGACCUUGGUGUGCGGAAAUCUUUCAAUAAAUGGAGAAACAAUCUUCUUGAAUUCCCAACAAGUGAUUCACAAAGAUCUGCAUUCCAAAGGAUAGAUGAAAUAAAACGGCAGGAGUUGGCCUUGAAAAGUAAACAGUAA